ACCUCUACUCAAAGCGUUUUCAUCGUCGUGCGGACCAAAAAAAAGAAUAAAGUAAAACGUUUUGACUUGAUGCUGAUUUCUGUAGAUUUCCUGGAUAUUUGACACUUGCACCAUAGACAGACAAUAACACUGCAACUCGCCAGAUUGGAUUUGUCGCCAGAAAUUGGAACGGCCUGAAACAUAAUGAAGCAUCAGUCGCGCUUGAGCAUGAGCAGCAUGUCACCGCAUCGCAGCCAUCCCAUGGCUGACUCUACAAGAAUCGAUGGGACUCCAGUGUCUCCUCGGAAUUCGGUUGCGAAUCUCAUGCACAGAACUCUGAGUCUCGAACGAAGCCAAAGUACAACUAAUGGCAGCCUGGGAAUCCGCAACGCAUCAUCGCCCUCCACGAUAUCACGACAGAAACUGAACCUCAGUCAGCUGGAUCCCAAAACCUUUGUGGAUGUGCACAGCAGUGGGCUGGCCUCUCGCAUAGUCGCAUAUCAUCACGAUAGCACCGUGGGCGCGCGUCGUGGUCUGCAGCGCAGCAUGUCUGUGAGCAAUCUUUACAACCCGCUGAAGCAGCCAAGAAGGACCCCGUCGUCCCCACUGCCGUACAGACCCUCGCCGCCGACACUGUCCAUGACGCAAAUUGCGCCUCCAGAGCGCAGUUUCUAUUGCGGCAACACGCUGCCUGGGCUGCUGCUCUCCAAUUCAGUGGUGGGUGUCCACAAGGCAAACAAUGAGCACGAGCAGCUGUCGCGUGAGAAUCGCCCCAUUAUGCAUCCACAUCCGCCGCAGCAUGAGAGCGAGCCCACCAGGAGUGUGCUGGAAGAGCUCAAAGAGAUCUCCCGGAAGCGCAUCAACAGUGGGGAAACACAAAAGCAGCACGAGUUCCUCAAGAGGAGCUGCCAACGCAUAGCCGACUUUGUGGACCAUCAUCCGGCGCAGUCUCCGGCGACGACCUUCAAAAGACAACGAGAGCUGAGUGUGGCAGUUCCACUGAGACACCAUCAUGCGGCGACAACGACGGUGCCACAGCUAGCGCCGACACAGACACAGAUACAGAUGCAGACACAGCAUCACCUGCCGAUCACUGAGGCCAUUUCACCGGAGCAGCUGGCAAAGCGUCGCAACUGUAGCUACAGCAAUGACAUUGCCUCCUCGUUGAGCUCCAGCCGCCGGCACGUGAGCAAGCGCAAGCUGUACGACAUGAGGGAGAGCAUGCGCCAGAGCAGCAUGGAGGGCACAGCCAACGGCAGUUCGCCCGAGAUUUCCCCCAGCGCCCACGUGGCCAAGAUGCAGCGCAAGAUAGAAGCCGAGUCCGUAUCCAAAACACAGAGUGUGCCAAUUGCCAGUGUGCCAGUGGUGGCACCACAGCGCACCAUCUCUGCACCGACUCUAGGACAGCAGCAGCAGCAGGCUGCAGUGGAGCUGCCAUUGCCUGUCUCCUCCAAGCCGAAGCUAACGCUAUUCAAUGCCAAGCAAACGCAAGAACAGCUGCAAAAGCAGCCAACGAAACACUACGACCUCGACAGUCCCGAUGUGGAUGCUGGCGAGUACGCGGGCAUACAGUUUGUGAAGCCCAAGCAGCAAAACUCCAUGGGUGGCGUGAAGAAUCCCAGUGUCGAGCGCACACAUAAAACCAAGCUGGCCAUUAUGCUGAGUGGGCUGCGCGGCGAGAUUUACCAGGGAGACGAACCAGACGAAUUGGACGCACCCGUCAGUCCAAAGACACCCAUCAAACAACCGAUUGUUGCACUGACAUCCAAAGCGGCAACCGCAACCCUUGCCACAACGACCAGCAUCUCGACAAUAACCAAGACCCCGACAACGUCCAUCAGUGACAAGCCAAUUAUAUUGACUGAAAAGGUGAUUGCCACAGCACCAACAGCAGGACCAGCAACAGCAACAGCUCCAACCACCACAACCCCCAUGACAAAUGGUUUACAGCCAAAGCUUCUGUUUGGCCAAGCCCCUACGCCAGCAGCGACAGUCCCUAAGCAAACGCCAGUUACAACAGCAUCGAGCUCUCCUGCAGCCACAACAGCAUCGAGCUCUCCUGCAGCCACAACAGUGCUGACAUUUGGAAGUCCAAAAUCCACAGCCACAACCACUGCCACAGCCACAAGCAGUGCUCCAGCGCCUGCACUCUCGUUUGGAAAAGCCCCAACAGUAGGCACUGCCACCCCAUUCAAACUGGACAGCAAUCCAAAUUCCCUCAGUAAGAUGAAUGGAUUACCAAGCAUUGGUGGGAUAGCAGCAAUUACAUCGGUGUCAGCACCAGCAGCGACUGCUACGCCAGCAGCAAUGAGCUUCGGAAGCAGCAGCAGCACCACCACAGCGGCAGGCACAGCCUCAUUUAUGUUUGGAAAAUCGGAAGAGUCCAGCGGAGCAGCAGCAGCAGCCAAGCCUCCUGUAUUUAGUUUUGGUGCCGGCACAACAGCCACAGCAACAGCGGCACCAUCAUUUUUUGGCAAUCCGCCACAGAGCAACGGUUUUGGCAGCGCAUUCAAGCAGCCGGAAGCGAUCAAAGCCAGCACCACAGUGGAGCCAGAGCCAGCAAAGCCAUCCACCAUCAUCGGAAUUAAGUCAAACUUCGGCUCCAACAGUUUUGGCAGCGCAUUUAAGCAGCCUGCAGCGACAACAACCACGACCACAGCAGUCACAGCCGCAGCACAGCCGUCCAAUGCGUUCAGUUUCUCGGGAACAACAAACACAUCGGUAGCGCCAGCGCCAGCACCAGCAGCAAAUCUCUUUGCUUUUGGUGGAGCGGCAGCCGCAAAGCCAGCGGAACCAGCAGCCGCACCAGCGCCCUCAAACUCAACAAACAUCUUUGGACAGAGUGCAGCUGCCACUACACCGGCAACUUUUUCCUUUGGCGGCGCAGCAGCAGCAGCAACAGCACCAAAUACCAUCAAGGAGACAAACAAGCCAUCGUUUGCAUUCGGUGGCGACCCCAGCGCCACAACUGCCGCCCAAUCGAAUGGCAGCAACACCAACACCAACAAUUUGUUCAACUUUGGGGCAGGCGGCACGAGUGGCACUCCUUCCUUUGGCAGCGCCGCAUCGACCAAUGCCCCAUCGAGUAGUGCCUUCAGCUUCAGUGCAGCUCAGAAGCCGAUCGGCUCGCAGAUCGACAAUAAUAAUACAGCUCCAGGAGCUGCAACAGCCACAAAACCAUUUGCAUUUGGUGGCGGACAGCAACAGGUCAAUGGAGCAGCCACUGCACCGUCGGGAGGAUUCUCCUUUGCGGCCGCUGCCAAGAAGAACGAGGCGACAGCCGUUGGCGGAGCGAGCAUGUUUGGAACGCCAAACAACGCCAGCACUGGCGCUAAGCCAAGCUUCAGUUUCGGCGGAAGCAGCAGCAGCACUCAGAAUGGAGCAGCAGCACCAGCAACAGGGCAGCAGUCAGCACCAGCUCCUGGUCAGCCGGGCGCAUUCUCCUUUGCCGCUGUCGCCAAGAAGGAGACCAGUGGCGCCAGCAUGUUUGGCCAGCCUGCGUCCGCCACACCCAGCGCGUCCAUCAAGCCGAGCUUCAGUUUUGGUGGCAGCAGCAGCAACUCCACCCAAAAUCCAGCAGCAACAGCACCUGCUCCGGCGCCAAGCUUUGGCGGAUUUGGAGCAGCUCCAGCUCCUGCUGGCAAUCAAAGCAAACCCUUUGCAUUUGGUGGCACUACAGCCGCAGCUCCCAGCGCAUCUCCGGCGAUGGGCGGCAACCUGUUUGCCAAUGCGGUGAGUGCCGUGCAGAAUCAGCCCAAGCCGGGCGGCUUCUCGUUUGGCGGAACAGCAAGCAAGACGAACACCCAUCAGGCAGCGGCCCCACCACCUGGAAACGCACCAUUCUCGUUCGGAGGAGCAACAGCAGCUGGUGGCAUGGCCUCUCCGCCGAGCAGCCAGAACGUGAAUACGACAAAGCCGUUUAGCUUUGGCAGCGCUGCCAGUGCCUUCGGCAGCCCCAGUCCGUCGCCGGUGCAGGCAGCACCAGCAGCCAAUUUUGGCACACCAUCGGCGAGUGUGGCGCCCGGCAUGUCCCAGCAAAUCAAUGCUGGAAAUCUGUUUGCCUUACCGCCGGAGCAACGCCCCAUAAGACGUGCCACCAGGCGGCUGCAGAAGUAGGAGACCUCUGAGUGUGUAUUUGUAAAUGGAAUAUGUCUUUAGUUCAACUGAUUUAUGAAACAAAUAAAAACAGCUCCCCAAA